AGCUCCGUCCGUCCUGAAAUUGCUCUUUAUGCGAACGAUAAUGCCAUAAAAAAAAGGAGGCAGGUCAUUCUCCUUAAUAUUUCUACUCUUUCUUCCUACUUUUUUCUUCUUCUAUAUACCCAUCUCAUGUCACUUUCAAAGAUUUCAGACAAAGACUGCUGGUUCGUUAUAGGUGCUCAUCAAGCAGGUGCUUCUGAGCGUCAGUGUGCUGAACUUUCAGGUCUCUCUAGAAGGGUGAUUCACAACAUCAUCACCAAUUUUCGAAAGUUGGGUUCUCCUCACGCAAACCAGUUAUCUCUAGACAACUUGAUAGACAGCGCCUGCGAGUCGGUUCCCUCUGAAAAAAACCCAAAAGUAACUAAGACUGCACCUCGUAAAAGAGGUAGACCACCCAAGCCCAAAGAGGCUCCUUUUUUUACAGAAAACAUCGUACGAAAGGCUUUAACUGAGGCUAGAAAAUAUCAGAUUGUAAAUAAUACCGCCAGUGCCUUUCCAUUAGAUCGUCUCAAUACCCCUCCUACUGACGAAGAUAGUCUAACUUUGGAUCCAUUGAAGGUUCGUCGUAGUUCUAGAGAAGACGACAUAUUGCCUGCUACUCCUCGUUCAAUUACCCUGGAUGAUUCAGACGAUGAAGAAUGGUCAUUAGAAGAGGAUAAAGAACUAUUGAUGCAUGUACUAGGCUCAAAUGUAAAGAAUGUCAAAUGGAAGGAACUUGAGGGCCAGUUUGGUGAUAGACACUUGGCCAAAAUGUGCUCGGAACGUUGGGAGUUUAUAAAAGAACAAUUGCUAAAGGAUAUAACCAGUCUAAAAGGAUGAUCUUAGUGUAUUUGUCACUCAGUCUAUCGUGUCACAGAGCCAAUUAUUCAAGUGUAACCAAGUUCAACGUGCAAAAUGUCUAUAUUAUAUCAACCAGGCAUGGUUUAAUCAACGUCAGUGCUCCCAUAAAAUAAAAUAAAGCUCAUUUCCUUACCAGUUUUAUAUAC